AUGCUCUGGAUUACAUCUAUGUUUAGGUGCAUGUUUAUUCAACAGUCCUCCAUGCCGGAACAUUGUAUCCCAAAUGGUGAAUACUACUACUGGUGGAAGAUCCAGGAUAUCCCAGGAGCAUGUACCUCUCUUUGCACUGUACGAGGAUAUGCGACACAAGGAAGUUUAUCGGGCCUAUUCCAUGGCAGCAAAAUACCACACAAGACUCAGGAGAGAUGUGUUUCGACCCAAGCGGCUGAUAAUAAACUGCCAGCAGAUGAUCCGUCUGUGGAAUCCUCACCUGUCAAGUCAGUGGUAUAUCCAGCACCCUAUUGCAGGUUGACUGAAGCCUACGCUCGGGAGAAUGCCCCUCUUCCAUCAUAUGAUGAAUUUCCGAUAUUACCAAACCUUCUUUCGAACCCACAUUCUUCAAUAUACACCCUGUCGCAAAUUGGUGUAGUCGAGAUUGAUACAGACGUGGCCAAACUCGAUGCCUUAGGAGCGGUUAUGUGUAAGUUGGUGUGCCGCAUAACACCUGUGGCAGGUGUAACGGCAAAGGAGCCAGUUGAGGUCGCAGGGUUAGGACAUAACUCGCACUCUGCGCAAUGUGCCGCUUACGUCUUCCUUGUGUCCGCGCUUCAUACCAAGGGUUACCUCGAUGGUAUUGCCGAAGCAGUUAAACAUCUUCGGGACACGCGAGUGCAUCAUUUUGAUUUAUCAGAUGUCUACCAUUAUGCCUCACGAUAUGCAGCAUUACCUGAGAUACUUCAUCAGGCCAAUCCAGAUCCUAACUUUACAUCACAUAUCCAGCAUGAAGUUAGGAUUGAGCUACCUGGCCAAAAUAUCUUGUCUGUUGCUACCGGACCUAUACUUUCAAAAGUAGUUACGGAAGCUUCUAGUUCCUUUAUUGCCCAGACACAACAGCACCAGAGCAAAAAUGAAAGCCAAGAACAAGUUAUUGACGACGCGAUACCUCUAACGGUGGGUAGCGCGCAGAGUUUUUUAAACUUCUACUUGUCGAAGUGUGAAAAGUCUAGUGAGAUUGAUACCCGUUGCUCCCGGAAGAAAUUUGGUCCUGCUACGGUCUACUAUGGAGCUCUCUAUAUUGAUGGUCGACCCGUGUCGAAUCCAAUAAUCGCAGACUCCGAGAAAUCAGCUAAGUCUCUCGCAAGGCUUGCAGGGGCCGUUCAUCUUGUCGGUAGGGACCCAUCCAUCUGGUCAGAAUUUGUAGAAGCCAAAGAAAAUAUACCUGUUAUGCACUCUGUGUCUACACCAAUGUCUCCCGAAACUCUUGCAGCCAUACAAACCUCUCUCGAAAGCCUUUCCUACUCUAGUCCCACGGACCAGUCCGGAAUCAAGGAGUCAGGCUCAGAUGGCAUUGAGUCACUGUAUUCAGAUGUCUUGGCCGCUGCUGAGCGUCGAGCUGAGUCUAUUGACCCCGGCUUUCUUCCCUUCAGCAACCGAAAUUUGGAGGAGUCACUCAGAUUAAGAAGUGCUUUGCCUGCAAGACAGCACUCUAAACAUAUUCUUGAUGCAAUCAAUAAGAAUGCAGUUAGCGUUAUAGUUGGGCCUACAGGGAGUGGGAAAACGUCUCAAAUCCCUCAGAUCGUGCUGGAAAAAUUUCCCCAAUCCAAUAUAAUGGUUACUCAGCCUCGCAGGGUUACUACUACGACUAUAGCACGACGUGUUGCUUUUGAACGUGGAGAAGAACUCGGACAGUCCGUCGGUUACGAAAUCCGAUGGGAUGCUGUAAAGCCUUCGUCAAACUGUGGUAUCACUUAUAGAACGACUGGGGUUGUGUUACUAGAUUUAUUACGUGGGGGGGAUAAAAUCCUGGACACCGUAUCCCAUAUAUUUAUCGAUGAAACACAUGAACAGGAUAUUCCGACAGAUUUUCUCCUGGCUCUAUUAAGGAGAGAAAUCAAUCGACGAACCAACCUAUCCAAGCCCAUUCCCAAGAUAAUAAUCAUGACCGCAGACCCAGAAUCUGGCCCUCUUGAAAAUUAUAUGGGGACUGUGUCUGAGAAUGGAGAAUCUACACCAGCACCUCGCAUUGCUAUUCCCGAUUCUCCUCAUUUAAUUAACCGUUUCUUUCUCGAGGACAUAUUACACUCAUUAUUUUCAACCCAUUCCGCGGAAGACCUAGUUCCCUUACUCUCCGACACGUCAACAACUCAACACAUUGCAGCCGAGAAGGAUAUAAUUACACAAGAAUCUUCGGAGGGCAACAACGAGACUAAAUUAGCCAUUCCAGAUAGAUUGUUGGAGAAGGCUGCCGCUGAAACCCCAAUCAACGAAAAGGAACACUUUGUUCCUUUAGGACUGACUGCUGCUACAAUUGCCCAUAUUGCUAAAACCGAAGGCGAGGGCGUGAUACUAGCUCUAUUCCCGGGGCUUGAUGUUAUGAAGCGCCUAGAACAACUACUCUAUGACCAACCCUUAGGAGUCGAUUUCAGCGAUAAAAGUAAAUUCCAGAUUUUCAAGCUACAUUCAGGACUGGGCGACAUUGACGAGAACGUAUUACGCCCAGCCAAGGAGGGAUGUCGAAAAAUCAUUUUAUCGACGAACAUUGCUGAAAACUCAAUAAAUAUACCAGAGGUUCGAUAUGUGGUUGAUAGCGGGAAAAAACAUGACUCUGUCUAUGACCCUUCAACCGGCCUGCGUAAGGUAGUGGGUGGUUGGGUUGAUAAACUGACAAUACACCAAAGGCAGGCCUGUGCUAGCCAGGCCGGAAAUGGACAUUACUAUGCCACAUUCACACAUUCGAGAUUCGACACUCUGGUAAAGACAAAUGUGCCUCGGGUCUAUGUUGAUGAUAUUGAAACUGAGGCCCUUCAGCUGAGAGCUACCAUUCCGGGUCUGCCUCUCUACGAUUUUAUACGCCAGCUACCAAACCCACCUUCUCUGGAUCGCGUCAACAAUAGUAUUGCAAACUUAAGGUCGCUUGGUGCAAUCGAUAGGAGUGGCAAUAUUACCGCGUUAGGACGUAUCCUAUCGCUAUUACCUGUCCCUCUAAAGGCCGGCAAAAUGGUUAUGCUUGGUGUUCUAUUGAGAUGCUUAGAACCUGCCUUGAUUCUUGGUGCUGCUACGCAUGCACGUUCCCUUUUUAUUCCAUCUAGGUCUGAGAGAUGGUAUAAUUCACCUCGUCGAAAGUUUGCUGGUGAUACCAACAGCGACCAUAUAGCAAUCUUGAGAGCAUAUCGGAAAAUCCGUCAAAUUACCAACAAGUCUGGAGAGAAUGCUGCCCAAGAAUACUGUUUGAGACACUCCAUGAGCCACGCGACUUAUUUAGAUAUGGAGUUAUUUAUUUCGCGAAUAUCUCUCACACUUCGCCAGCUCAACCUUAUUCCGGUUCCAGAAAGCGAGUCCGACGACCAACUUCACAGCAUUGUCCUCAACGAGAACUCCGACAAUCAUUCAGUUCUCAGGGCGCUCAUUACUGGCACUGUAACCCCGAAUAUCGCGAUGAAACCCAGCGAUAGCGGGGGCCGAUGGUGCACAAACCGCUUUCCAGCAGCUGUUGUCAGUAACAAGAGCGCAAAUGCGUUCCGGAAAAGCUGGGCUGGUCGAAUGCUGGCAUUUAACGAGGCGUUGAAUUUCCAUAGCGAGGCAGACGCGAUCAUGAUGGACACUACGACAUUACACCCGUUGAUGGCUUGCCUGUUCGGAGGAAAAUUGACUCGCAGAGAUAAUGCACUUUUCAUUGACGCUCACUUAGCAGUCAAGGUUAAGUCACCGGAUGGCAAGUUCGAAAGCGAUUCUAUGGCUGCUAGUACAGUUGUUAAGAUGAGAAAGCUGAUAGAAAAGGCUUCCGAGGAUUUCUUUGAAGAUCUCGCGAGUAACAGAAACUGGAGGGACGUCGAUGCAGAGCGUCGAGGCCUUGCGACUCAAAUCAGAGAUAUCGUAGCUACCAUCCCCGACAGCAGCCCUUCAGGACCGACAAUCCGAAAUAUUCCCUAA